CCAAGUCACAGAGACCCGUUCGUUGUCUGACCAAUUCUGUCUGAAAGAGAAAGAAACCCAUUUGAGUUGGGAGCUGAGUGAAGCAUAAAGUAACCUCCUUUACCUGAGAGAGCUAUAGUGUAUUACGGAGAAAGACGGCGAGGCUGAGAAACCAUGCCUCAUCGUCCAUUACACUUUCCAAAAUGCGUUUCACAAAACGAAUAAGCCUCUUCCUGUGGCAAGCCACCAAGCUUCCUCCUACUCGCUCUCCACUGCGAAACCCAUCUUUAUGCAGGUCUUAUAUCGUUGGCGCUCCGAGAGUUCCUUCGUCGACGACGUCUCUGAUUUCGAGUUUGUCCAAUCCGAUACGUCGUCGUUUCAUCGGGUACACUGCGGAGCAGUUCUCUGAUGAUGAGUACGAGUGUGAGUUCGAGGAACAUAAGGCUUCAUCUUCUGUGGCCAAUGUUGAUGAGUGGAAGUGGAAAUUAGGCAUUCUGUUGGCCAAUGAUAGCGAACGAGAGAUUGUUUCUAGAGACAAAAGAGAUCGAAGGGAUUAUGAGCAGAUCUCUAACCUUGCCAAGAGAAUGGGGCUCUACAGCGAGAUUUAUGGAAAAGUGGUUGUUGCAAGCAAGGUUCCUCUUCCCAACUACAGGCCAGAUUUGGAUGAUAAGCGACCACAAAGGGAGGUAGUACUUCCUUUGAGUUUGCAGAGAAGGGUAGAGGGACUACUCCAGGAACACCUUGAUAGACAGCAGCUAAACUUAGGAAAGGCUAAUGAAAGUGAAGCUGAUUCUCAACCUCCUAAACAGACUGAAGAACUUCCUGAUGAAAGCUCUGAUGCAUUUCUCGAUGGUUCUGUUAUGGAGAAGGUGCUUCAGAGGAGGAGUAUGCGGAUGCGCAAUAUGCAGAGAGCCUGGCAGGAAUCACCUGAGGGGCGUACAAUGCUGGAGUUCCGAAAAUCUUUGCCUUCAUUCAAGGACAAAGAAAGACUUCUUCAAGCUAUUGCUCGGAACCAGGUAAUAGUGGUAUCUGGGGAGACUGGAUGUGGUAAGACAACUCAAUUGCCUCAGUACAUUUUGGAAUCGGAGAUAGAGUCUGGUCGAGGAGCAUUCUGCAACAUCAUUUGUACACAACCUCGGAGGAUAUCUGCCAUGGCAGUUUCAGAAAGAGUGUCAGCUGAGAGAGGAGAACCUCUUGGUGAAACGGUUGGGUUUAAAGUUCGGCUAGAAGGAAUGAGAGGAAAGAAUACCCAACUUCUGUUUUGUACGAGUGGUAUUCUUCUCAGACGACUGCUUAGUGAUCGCAAUUUGAAUGGCGUAACUCAUGUUUUUGUUGAUGAGAUUCACGAAAGGGGAAUGAAUGAAGAUUUUUUGAUAAUAGUGUUAAAGGAGCUUCUUCCACGGCGUCCAGAUUUGAGAUUGGUUCUCAUGAGUGCCACUUUGAAUGCUGAACUCUUCUCUAACUAUUUUGGAGGAGCACCUACAAUUCACAUUCCAGGAUUCACACAUCCAGUGAAGGCACAUUUUCUGGAGGAUGUACUGGAAAUGACGGGAUAUAAGUUGACCUCUUUCAAUCAAGUUGAUGAUUAUGGUCAAGAGAAGACUUGGAAAACUCAAAAGCAGUUAAUGCCACGCAAAAGGAAAAACCAGAUCACUUCUCUUGUUGAGGAAGCUCUCAGCAAGUCAACUUUUGAAAGCUAUAGCUCUAGGACUCGUGAUUCACUCUCGUCUUGGAUGCCUGAUUGCGUAGGAUUUAAUCUUAUUGAGGCCGUUCUCUGUCACAUAUGCCGUAAAGAACGUCCAGGAGCUGUAUUAGUAUUUUUGACAGGAUGGGAUGAUAUUAGCUCCCUGAGGGACCAAAUUAAAGCCCAUCCUCUCCUCGGGGAUCCCAAUAGGGUCUUGCUAUUGAUGUGCCAUGGUUCAAUGGCAACUGCUGAACAGAGACUCAUUUUCGAGCGAGCACCUCCUAAUAUUCGCAAAAUUGUUCUUGCUACAAACAUGGCAGAAGCUAGUAUUACAAUAAACGAUGUAGUUUUCGUGGUUGACUGUGGAAAGGCAAAAGAGACCACCUAUGAUGCUUUGAACAAUACACCUUGUUUGCUACCCUCAUGGAUAUCUCAAGCUUCUGCUCGACAGCGAAGGGGUAGAGCUGGUCGUCUGCUUCCGGGAGAAUGCUAUCACCUGUACCCCAAAUGCGUGUAUGAAGCUUUUUCGGAGUAUCAACUUCCUGAACUUCUGAGAACUCCUUUAAACUCUCUCUGCCUGCAAAUUAAAAGUCUUCAGGUUGAAAGCAUUGGAGAGUUCUUGUCAGCUGCACUUCAGGCUCCAGAACCUUUGACCGUUCAAAAUGCUAUUGGAUUCCUGAAAAUGAUCGGAGCACUGGAUGAGAAGGAAAAUCUGACGGAUCUUGGAAAACUUUUGUCGAUCCUCCCAGUUGAUCCCAAGCUGGGGAAAAUGCUCAUAAUGGGUGCCAUCUUCCACUGCUUUGAUCCGAUCCUGACAAUUGUAUCAGGGCUUAGUGUCAGAGAUCCUUUCCUUCUACCUCAAGAAAAAAAGGACUUAGCUUUAUCAGCCAAGUUGAGAUUCUCAGCAAAAGACUACAGUGACCAUAUGGCACUCGUUCGUGCCUUUGAAGGGUGGAAAAAUGCUGAAAGAGAAGGAUCAGCUUAUGAGUACUGUUGGAGGAAUUUCCUGUCAGCUCAGACGCUUCAGGCGAUACAUUCUCUGAGGAAGCAGUUCAACUAUAUCCUGAAAGAAGCUGGCUUAGUACACGAUGAUUCAGCUCUCAACAACAAACUAAGUCACAAUCAGUCUCUGGUUCGCGCUGUCAUUUGCUCUGGCUUAUUCCCCGGAAUAGCAUCUGUUGUGCACAGAGAGACUUCCAUGUCGUUCAAGACAAUGGAUGAUGGCCAAGUAUCACUAUACGCGAACUCUGUUAAUUCGAGGUUUCCGACUAUUCCAUACCCUUGGUUAGUCUUUGGAGAGAAAGUAAAAGUCAAUGCAGUGCUCAUAAGAGACUCCACCGGUGUCCCUGAUUCCAGUUUGAUCCUUUUUGGUGGUGCACUGAGCACCGGAGUACAGGUGGGACAUCUUAAAAUGCUUGACGGGUACAUUGAUUUCUUCAUGGAUCCAAAUUUGGCAGACUCCUAUGUAAAGCUGAAGGAAGAACUCGACAAGCUUCUUCAGAAAAAGCUUGAAGAUCCAAGCGUGGACAUUCACAAAGAAGGCAAGUACCUGAUGCUUGCAGUUCAAGAGCUAGUCGCUGGAGACCAAUGCGAAGGGAGAUUCGUAUUUGGCCGUGACACAAAGAGACCAAGCCAACCGCAAUUAGAAGGAGAGAACAAAAUCUGCAAAGACGGGACAAACCCGAAGAGUCUCCUGCAGACACUUCUGAUGAGAGCUGGACACUCACCUCCAAAGUACAAGACCAAACAUCUAAAGACAAACGAGUUUAGAGCACUUGUGGAGUUUAAAGGAAUGCAAUUCGUUGGGAAGCCUCAGAGGAACAAAACACUCGCUGAGAAAGAUGCAGCUGUUGAGGCCUUGGCUUGGUUGACUCAUACCUCUGAUAAUAGUACUGACCAGCACAGUGGAGACGCAGAUUCUCCACCUGAUGUUACUGAUAACAUGCUUAAACUCCUUGGAGGAAAACGGCGCAGGCGGUCCAAGGGAAAGUAGUUGAACUUGAAACCUCUCUGUGUCUUGUGUAUGUGAGCUUUGAAAGAUCUUUACAAACCAAAACAGAUAUAGAUACAAUAUACAACUUUAUUCAUAAUCAGUAAGAAAAUUAUAGCGUCAUUUAGAGGGAAAAGAACACAAAAAUACAAAAUUGUUAAAGAUUUGUUCUGAAAUUUAUUUUUAAUCCAAAAAAGAAGGAAAUAAUGUUAACAAGGUUGGUGAAAUUGUCAACCAAUCAAGAACAGGCUAAGCUCAUCAGGAAGAGAAAAUGGAACAGAAGCAAAAUCUCAAAAGAAAGAAAAAAAAAAACUCAAGAGAACAUGGAAACAAAACAAAACAAAAACAAGAGAAGUCUCUUCUGAAAGUAGUUUCUAGAUGGUUGCAUGCGUGGGGACAUCAACUGGGAACUCAUGAAUUUCAUCCAUCCAUGGGUUCUUUUCCUUUUUAGGAUUUACAGACCUCACCGCUCUCCAAACCGAGCUGUUGCACUUGAACCCUGAACCAAAAGCAAUCUGCCAGAUUCUAUCACCUUUCUUGAUCCUUCCUUUGGCCUCACUAUACGCUAACUCAUACCACAAAGAGCUACUUGAUGUGUUACCAAAACGGUAGAGUGUCAUCCUCGAGGGUUCCAUGUGCCAAUCAGAGAGCUUCAAGUUCUUCUCCAACUCAUCAAGAACAGCUCUUCCUCCCGCGUGGAUGCAGAAAUGCUCAAAUGCUAGUUUGAAGUCUGGGAUGUACGGCUUGAUCUUCAUCUUAAAGAGUUUCCUUCCCACUAAUGUUGCAAAGAAC